AUGUUUACUUUAUUUAAUCUUCUUCCUUCCAUUCUCACCGGUGCGCCCAAGCAUGGCAGCCAGGAGUGGUACAAGGUGACAGGCCGUGAUCCUCGUUGGGUCGCCGUUGAUGAAUGGACAAUGACACAAACGCAUGGACAGGGGAGCCUUCCAGACCGCGAAACUCUCGCCAAAGCAUACAAGCACCAGCAGAACUCCGGGCUCCCUGAUAUAUCUGUAUCGCCUUCACAAGGAAAGUACAUACAGAUCCAAGCCAAGCUAGUCAACGCGCAGCAUGUCCUUGAGGUUGGUACCCUUGGCGGUUACAGCACCAUAUUCCUCGCCAAUGCCAGUCCGACAACUCGUGUGACAACCGUGGAGUCAGUGUCUCAUCACGUUGCCGUGGCAAAGGAAAAUCUGGAAAUGGCAGGACUGAGCAAUCGCGUCGAAGUCAUCCAUGGCGAUGCAGUCGAGGUCUUGUCAAAGAUCGUGGACGAAGUUAAACAAGACACCCGCCCUCUGUUCGAUUUUAUCUUCAUAGACGCAGACAAGCUCAAUGGCUGGAUAUAUUUUGACAAAGCAGCCGAUAUGACCAGACCAGGCGGCUGCAUCAUCGUUGACAACGUCGUGCGCCGAGGCUCUAUUGUCAACCCUAAGCUCGUUGGCACUGAUGAGACCGUCACUCAGGUCAGAAAACUCAUUGAAAGAGCGGGAAGUGAUCCGCGCGUGAGCAGUACUGUUCUUCAGAUGGUCGGGGACAAGAACUACGAUGGAAUGCUGAUUGCCGUGGUUGCUCGCUAG